AUGCGUGGGUACGAAAUCAGUUAUAUAAUGAUGAAUCAUUUGCGAGAUACUACAUAUGAUUUUGAAAUCGGCAACACGAUCGCUCAACGUCAUAAUGCUACCUUUAAACAGAAAGAGGAAUUUGUUUCAAAAACUUGCUUGGACUUUGAGCAAACUCCUGUGUAUUUAGGAGCAUCUCGAUACAUUCCACUGCCGGACACGAGUGAGUUAUGUUUCAUGGUACCAAAGAGCGCUCCGAAGUCGGUGUUUUUGGUGUUACUCGAUCCUUACGAUCGCUACAGUUGGAUCGCGUUCGGAUUGAUUCUCGUCGCGAUAUCGCUGGUGUUGUAUUGGUUCAGUAAGUCUUCACGACACUCCAAUAUCAUAUUUAUUGUAUUGGAGAUGUUGAUGAUUGUACUGAAUGGACCUACGCAUGAGCUAGUUGAACGAUUUGAACGAUUUGUUGUAGGACUGUUCAUGUUACUAAGCAUAGUAGUGAUUUCCAGCUAUCAAUCACUGGUGAUUUCGUUCAUUUCCUCACCGCGCUAUGAUCCACAGUUGGACACAUUCGAUGAUAUUAAUGACACUUGUCUGUUUAUGCACGAUUUAAGUUUAACUAAUAUGGGAUACAACUUUAAAAAUAUUCACUAUACGUAUGAGAUCUUCAAAUCAUUUGAGAUUAUGUGGAAAGCUAAGUACUGUGCGAUCAUUACCUGUACCGAGGCAAAUUACAUCAUGGCGCAUAUCGGUGCAGUGGACCGACUCGAAACAUUAAACUCUGGAACGACAUUAGUAUACAAUGAGAAGCAGUGGAAACACAUAAAACAAAGACUUACAUACUUCCGCUACUCGAAGGCUCGUGUCCAUUCAAUGAUGGCUAUGUACCGUGUAGCCGAAGAAUCUCCUGUUUAUCAUAAUUUAGCCUUUUACACACAGGCGUUUAUCGAAGGACGAUUGGAGUACUUUCCGGUGCUGAAGAAAAGUAUACCUUUACCACGUGAUAUUUUGGAAGACACUGUAAAGUCGAUUAGUGUGAAGAAGACGAACUUGGAGGAUUUACUGGUUGCCUGGUUUCUGUACUGCUUAGGUAUACUGCUGAGCGUUGUGAGUUUUAUUGCAGAGGAAUUAGCGUUGUGCAAGCGAAAUAUCAGAAAAAGAACCAUUGAAAAUAACACUAAAGCAAAUAGAUCACAAUAA